AUGAAAAUUAAGAAAAUACAACAGUUAGAACACAAGGGGUCUCUUAUCUGCGAUGUGUACGCUCCAUUUCAAGAUCUGAGUUCUAAUAUGGAAAUGUACUUGGCGUCACGAAGUGAGGCAGAAGCAAUAGCGGAAUUCGGUGUCCUGUGUGAAAUGUGUGCUCGCCUUCAUACCUCCAAAUGCAGCCAUCUUACCACCUAUCUGAGUGACACGCUUCAUCACUGGCAUAAUGUGUUGAAAGAUAGGUUUUCAGCACAGUUGGAGGAAGUGUUGAAGACUGCAGGCUGGCCUGUAGUCAGCAGCACUGUACUCACUACACCACCACCAGAUUGUAUGAACCGGUUCCAGCUCAUAGUCAAACAUCUGCUCGAAAUCCAGCUUCCUCCAGAGUUGACUACUCCAGCUGUUACUUCCUCACUGUUGGGGAACUUUCCCCCACUCUCCCUCCCAGUCACGUUGAUGUUGAAACCUCUACGAAAACGUUUCAUUUAUCAUUUCUGCGGCAACAAGAAGACAAACCAACCAGAAAGGCCAGAGUGGUUCAUGACGCAGGUCCUGACCUGGAUAAGGGACCACGAACAUUUCAUGACCCAAUGGGUGCAGCCCGUGUUCAACCAGAGUAGAAGAACUAAAAUGUCAGCCAAGUUGGAGCUGACCCAAGGUCUGGUGGAGCUGGUGGUAGACAAGCUACACAGUGACAUGCCAUCACUCAUGAACAAGGACGAACACUUCUCCCACAUGGUCGACGAGACACUGGGCUUCGACAAGGAGCUGAAGGAGGUCGCCGGAUAUCCGGAGUCCUUGCCCAGUGCCGUUACAGUUCUCACACAGGCGCAGGUCUUCGUCAAGUGGAUACACAUGGAGCAUAAAUAUGCAAGAGACAAGAUGGACAACAUCCUCAGCAGCGGGACUGCAUGGUCUGAGCUGACAGGCAGUGAUGAACUGAAGAUCACUGAGGCCGCUGAGGCCUUUUUAAACCUGUUGUCCACUAUGACAGAACGGUACAGCAUCCUGCCUCAGCCUGGUCACAGGAUGCAGUUUGUUGAUCUCCAGUUGGAAUUGAUUGACGAGCUGAGGUUGAGGUUAUCACAGCUGCUAAACUUAGAGAGACAAGAUCCCCUGGACUCGCAGUUACCAGCCAUACUGAACACUGCCUCCUACAUCUGCACAGUCCUAGCAGAGUGGGGCACUAAGCCGCACUAUUUGAUGCUGCAGCACUACAAGACUCAGGUGCAAUCUGUGGGAGGUGAAUUGUCAGCUAUGGAAGCUGCUUCUCUUAGGCAA